GACAUAAUCCUGCGUUCUACCAGGAAAUAAGAGACUGCUGUUAACUCAGUGAACAUUCUGACAGGAUUGCAGACGUAUCUUGGACAUCUUUUUGAACAAUACUAAGUGCUUAGAUCAAAAUGGCAUUUUCUAAACCAUCACAAGGUUCAGCUCUGGAGAAAAUCCGAAAGGAUUAUCUGGAGUGCAGUAUUUGUCAAGAGGAGUACACAGAACCCAAACUACUAGACUGUCUUCACAGCUUCUGUAAACACUGCUUACUUGAAUAUCACACUACCAACUACAAAGAUGCAAAGAUGCUUAUUUGUCCUUUGUGUCGAAAGGAGACACAACUUCCUGAGACGGGUGUUGAAGAUUUCAAGAGUAACUUCAUUUUAACUGGUCUUGCAGGUCAACUGGAGCAGGUCAGCUUAUCUGCAAACAGCAAGUUGGUCUGUAAAUUAUGCAAGGAGAAAAAUGAAGCAACGUAUUUCUGUUGUGACUGCCUCAUGAUCAUCUGUGCAAACUGCAAUGAAAUACACAAUCAAAUUCCAGCAUCAGCAAGCCAUACAGUAGCGACUUUGAAAGAUAUUAGUGAUGGAAAGAUUGCAAUGAAAAAGACAAAACCAAAGCGUCAUCCAGAAUGCCAAACUCAUGAAGGUGAAGUGAUGAGGUUCUACUGUACAACAUGUGGUGUGAUGAUUUGUAGAGAUUGCACUGUCAUAGAUCACUGUAAACCACAACAUGAGUAUAUUGACUGCAACCAAGCCUCAUCCACAUACAAACAGUCAUUGGCUCAACUCUUUACUCCCCUUGAAGAAACCAUGAAGAAGCUUGAUCAAUCUCAAGCAACUGCCUCAACAAUGAAAGACAACCUCAACAUCGCAGCUAAGAGAACCAUGGCAGAGGUGAAGAACAGAGCGGAUGAGAUCAGGGCUGAGGUAACGGCUCAAGAGAGUCGCAUCAUGGAUGAAAUAAAAACUAUCCUUAAAGAUCGGAACAAGAAAUUGGAGGAUUUUGAGCAAACAGUGCGUCUAAACUCACAGCAAAUAAAUCAUUCACUGCAGACUGCCAAAGACAUCAGCAAGAAUUCAUCAGUGCCUGACUUCCUUGCAAGCUAUCCAACAAUCAGUAAGGACUUGAAAUUACUUGGAGAUCAAAAUCAACCCAAGAUAGAUUUGACCCUGGACGAUCUGGGAUUCACCCCAGGAGUUUGUGACAUCUCCCUGGGUAACCUGAGUACGAAGGAGCGAAAGUGGGAGCUUGGUUUGGAGUAUGAUGAAGGAAUCAAGUGGGCUUAUGACAUUGAUGCCUCUGUACCUGGGGAUGAGAUGGCAGUGGCAGACUGCAUCUACGACACAAGUAGACUCGAUUAGAAAUCUAUCCCAAUAUCACACUUCCCUCGGGCUGUUGCUGCAUUCCAGAAUCAGUUAGUGAUUGUAGAUAGGACGGACUCUGGCAAGAUGUACAAUAGGAAUGGCACCAA